AUGCCCAUAUGCAUCACUUGCAGUACUCCGGUCAAGGAGCUAUACACAGUCUACAGCAAAGCAGAUGACCGAACCCUGGGCAAAGGCGUUCGCCUGACACAAUGCCCCAACUGCAAACGCUUCGCCGACAAAUAUGUCGAACAUGACUUUGUCGUCCUAUUCAUCGAUCUCGUGUUGAUAAAACCGCAGGUCUAUCGCCAUCUUCUCUUCAACAGGCUGGGGCGCUCAGAUGACAAGUUCGAUCCCAGUAUCUUGCGUCUGGGUACAUUGCUUGUCCUGUUCGAUGUCUACAUCACCUGGGCAAGGAUUGAAAAGUCAAAUGCAACAAACGGGGGCCCUGCUGUGGGAUCGCGGCUCAGCGAGACGCCCAUUUUAGCACAAUAUCUUUUCUUUUUGACCAUGAAUGUCCUAGCGACGUUUGCCCAACAUGGCACCAUUCGAGCAUUGGUCCGGAUGCUCGUGGCCUACCAGAAAAGGCAGGAACAGUCUCUCGCAGAUGCGACGCCCACAACGGCCUCCUGCUCAACCUCCGACAAUCGCCCUACCAUUGCCACAAGCCGUGCCAGUCCCAGCGCCAUCAGCACUGCCCUGUUAGUCUCCAGCUGCACCAAGUUGUUUCCUAUCCUUUUAGUCAUAUGGCCAACAGAGACAAAGGAAAGCGACUCAUUUGGCUUUGCCUUUCGAGCGACAAAUUAUGUGGGCUGGGCGGUCCUCCUUAACAAUAUCGAGGCAUUGCUGAUCUUACUCAACUGUGGAUAUAUAAUUGCCACUGGUUUGGCGAUUUCUGGGUUCGUCGCAAGGUGGAUUGUGGAAGGCUGGUUCUUGAGCUUCAUUGGGCUUGCACGAGAUACUGGUCCUGUAGGAGAUGUACUGGCUGCCUACCGCUUUCUGGGAGGGUGGUUCAAAGGGAGCUGA